GCUUCAGUCGGUCUGGAAAGUCGGUGUAUGUUUCUGCUCGGUUUAACCUAAAUUUACGUGAUGUUAUAUACAAAUAUAAAAUUAAAUUUUUAAAUAUACCAUGGCCGCAAAAAUUGUAACAACUCCACCUUUAGGUAACCUAUUUAGUAAGUUUGUAGUUCCGAGAUUUUUAACCCAAAAAACUAGAUUGACUAAAUUUUGUAAAAGUGCGAAUUUAAAUAAUUUAAAUGUAAAUAUCUGUAAGUUUAGUGUUAAUUCGGUAGUUUUGGGAAGUGCGGGCCACGCGGAAACGACGAGUACAACACAGGGCUUAUCUAAACUACAGGCUCAAGAACUAAUUUUAAGACUGAAUGGGGAAGAAAGGAGUGUUUUGAUGACAGCUUUACGCGAGUAUCAAUCAAAGCUAGUUAAAGACGAAUACGAAGGUCAACUGGCAGCGUCGAGGUGGAGGAGCAAGUUCGGACGACCCAGCAAGCUGCCCCGGUUGGGAGACGUCGAUCCCACGGGAUCCUACUGCCCCUUUCCCGAGGACUGGCUGUUGAAGAAAAUGGGUACGACCCCCGUUGCAGUUUCAGGGUUUUACUAA